AGCUCUAGAGCUGACCAGAAGCAGAGAUAGCAGGCUUUCUUCGCUCAGGCUAACUCGCUCACGGUUUCUUUGGUUCGAGAUGGAAACUCGUGGUGCCGCGCGGCGUCAACGCGUCUCCCGUGCGCUCAGCUUCAAGAGCGGUCUGUCUCUAUGGCUGGUGCUAUGGCUGUUGGCAUGCCACAUUGCCCCAGGGAAAGCAUGUCCACGGCUGUGUGUGUGCUACCACAUGCCCACGACUGUCAGCUGCCAGUCUCAGAACUUCUCCUCUGUCCCGGCUGGUGUCCCCUAUGACUCCCAGCGUGUCUUCUUGCAGAACAACCGCAUCACCGAGCUCAGGGCUGACUCCUUUGGCUUCGAGACACAGGUCCUUUGGUUGUAUUCAAACAACAUCUCUUGGAUUGAGGCGGGUGCCUUCAGUAGUCUGCGUGUGCUGGAAGAGCUGGAUCUUGGUGACAACCCAUCCUUAAAGCAAGUGGAUGGUGGUGCAUUCCGGGGCCUUGAGAAGCUACAGAGCUUGCACAUGCACAGGUGUGGCCUGACCGAGUUGCCUGGAGAUUUGUUCCACAAGCUUUACAGCUUGCAGUUCCUCUAUCUGCAGGAGAACCAGCUGAAUCACCUUCCUGAGGGUGUGUUCUCUGACCUGGUCAACCUCACGCACCUGUUUCUGCAUGGCAACCGUCUUCGCAUCGUCUCUGAGAAUGCCUUCCGUGGCCUGGUCAACCUUGACCGGCUACUGCUUCACGACAACCGCAUCCGACAGGUGCACCGUCGUGCCUUCCGUGACCUGGGUCGCCUCACCAUCCUCUACCUGUUCAACAACGCACUCCGUGAGCUGCCUGGUCAGACCCUCAGGGACACAGUGGGCUUGCAAUUCCUGCGCCUCAACGACAACCCCUGGGCAUGCGGCUGCGAGGCCCGCUCCCUCUGGCAGUGGUUCCGUGAUGCACGUGUCUCUAGCUCUGAGCUGAUCUGCACUACGCCUGCGGCACGCCAGGGCCAGGACCUGCGCUUUCUUCGUGAGCUCGACUUUGCCACCUGCCCACUGCCUGAUCCUGGCUCUCUGACUGGCACCACCACCACCACCUUCAGCACCAAGACACGCUGGUGGUUUUCCAAGAACAAACCAGCUGCCUCGGCCAAGGGCGUUUACCAGAAGAACGCCGACCUGCCCAAGGCCUUCCCUUUCUCCUCGGUGAAGAAUGCCCAUUCUGCAGCAGUAGCAGCAGCUGCAGCUUCAGCAUCUAAGUAUGAGCUGAUGCCGGAGGAGGCUGCCUUGCCGAAACUUGAGCCUGAAGAGUACUGGGCCAACUACGGCAACGAAGAUGCAACCUCAGUCCGUUGCUUUGAGCUCGAUUGCGACGACUCAGAAAUCCCGUCUUCUUCUUCUUCUGCCUCGCAUUCAUUUCUGUAUCUCCUCUCUUUUUCUAUUCUGGCUCUCUCACUUCACCUGCUGUUUGGCUGAGGGAAAUGCAUUAAUCUAUUCUCCUUUCUACUUUUGCUCUUUUUCCAUAUUUGGCCCCUGACAACUUGAUGGGGUCUGAUGCUGACAGGCACACAAUCGCAGCCACAGACAUCUUAGGAAUGGCAAAGAUGGCACACACACAUUCACUUACACUAGACAGAUAUAUACACAAACACGCACACAUGCACAUACAUAGAUGCUCACAUACCUAAGUGUGAAAAAACACUUUUAGAAAAACAUUCAGUGCUGCCUAGUGUCAUAUUAGAGGCAGAGUUAGGAGUGUUGCCUGGACUGCAACUCCCAGGAGAUCUUGCAGCACUACACUGGGCACUCUACUUCUGCAGUCAGUGACAUGAAAACAGACAGAGAGCUAGAUAGCGCUAGACAGAAAGUAAUAAAGUAACUUUACCGGUAAUAAAGUUUUGAUGAGGGGUGAAAUAAAAAAAUAACUUUUUUCUCAAAGAGUGCUAUAAAACCUUCACAAGAGUGCAUAUAAAAAUCUGUAAAUACACACAUCCACAUUGUCACAAAGUCAUAAGUUAGUCAUAAACAACUGGCGGAGGAAUGCUAGUCUAAGUCUAGAUCUUGCACACCUGUUUUCCGUUCUUUUUUUCUGUAUACUUUGGUUUAUAAUCCAUAAUGAGAAAUAUGACAUGAAAAAAUGGAUUCUACACCUAUGUGUCUUCACUCAUUUAAAGAUUUUGGAGUGGUAGUCUCUGUUCUGCCGUGUCAGUCACAUAUAAACAGCUUGUAAUUUUUGUGUGUGUUUGAAAUUGGUUCUGGCCUU